GUAAAAGCGCGAGACAGCCAGCAAGUGUAGAAGUUCCUGGAUUGUCAAUCUUCUGAAGCCUUUAACGACCCAACAUCUAAUUAAACCAGCUCGACGGGACUUUAUAUUACCUUAAAUACAUGCUUUUAUUUGACUCUUGAAGGUUCUUCGGCGAAGAGAGACGGUGUUUUAAACCACUUUGGAGUGCCUUCCCUUGUUUGUCUCCAACCGCCAUGGCCUCUCAGACUGAGUCCAGCCCCGGGGUACGAUCGACGACCCCCCCGUUGAACUCUGGCAGAUCUCCGCCUCCCAAGUCAACAGAGUCCCUGCAUCCUCCAGUGUGCAGACACAGAGACCGCUCACCUUCCCCCGUACGAGGCUUCAAUAUUCCCAGCCCCAUGCCCACGCGCAGGAACAGGACCUGCUCAGCGACGGCUCGUGCAUCAGAGGGUCCGGUGUUUGCUGGCGUGUGUAAAUAUUUUUCCCGCUCCAGAGGCCAUGGCUUCAUCACGCCAGCCGAUGGGGGCAGCGACAUCUUUGUCCACAUCUCAGACAUUGAGGGCGAGUACGUGCCAGUGGAAGGUGACGAGAUGAGUUACAAGGUGUGCGCCGUCCCUCCAAAAAAUGAGAAGAUCCAGGCCGUGGAGGUGACCAUCACCCAUCUCAAGCCGGGCAGCAAACAUGAGACCUGGACAGGAAAUGUCGUCAGCAGCUGAAUGCUUGGAUGGUGGGAUGGGGUGAACAAACACAUUGAAUCAUUGGUAACUUCCAUUGUAAAGUCUUCUGUUGCCAAAUGGAUUUCUAUGUUAGGGAACAGCAACACAGUUGGUUUGACUGCUGUAUGAAUAGAUUUCUCAUACCAGGGGUGAAGAUUCUUAUCACGAAAAAAAAAACCUCCAAAUAUUUGGUGUCUAGUUUGAAAUCGUGCUUGUUUGGGAACAUGUGCAGUACUGUAUUUCAGUUUAGCGCGAGGUCACGCCUAUAAUAUUGCGACUGGUGUCAAGUCAUGCUGAAAUUUCUGGUCCAACGCCACGAGUUGUAUCACCAGGGCAACACUGUGCCUACUUCCACCAUCAGAACUUAAACUUCUGCUUGUGCCUAUGAUACGUUACCUGUGUUUGAUCAUGUGUGUGCGGGUGGGUGGAUAUUAAAGAAUGAUCUAUAUCUAUCUUUUUUAUAGUGGAAAAGGAACUUCAUCCCUACACAAGUGUCAUGACAAAGAACAUUAUUUCAAAAAUAAUUGUGUUAUUAAAGUUCUUAUAUAUUAUAUUAUUUUUA